AUGUCAUUAAACGGAAAGACUAAAUCGUCUGUGUUACGACAAACGGUUAUUCCUAGACCAAGAGAGCAGAUAAACGUUGAACGAGAGUCUCCUAACCAACAAUCGCCAGUAUCUAGCGUUUCUAAUUCGAACAAAUCGACAAUAAUUUUCAAAGAUGCUCCUGCUAAAGCAUUUGAACCCAAGGUUUAUGUGCCAUUUAAACACGCCCAAAAUGGCAUACCAAGACAAGUUGUUGUAGAGAGAUUGAGGAGACAAUACGAGCAACAAGAUAUUGAGGAAUUACUCAAGAACGAAGGAAUAGACUACUCAACUCCAAUUACACCUGAAAGAAAGUUUGAAUUAUACUUACCACUUGAAAUUUUUGAUAAUACUGACUUUGAUGACAGACCACCAGGUGAAUGGAUCAAUUUGGGGCGCAACGAAGAGAAUGGCCAAUUCACAUACGUACCUGCAAAAGCCCUUCUUCAACAAGAUGGAGUUGGGAGCUGGUAUUUUUGUAAAGUAUUUGAGGUUGAUGAAACUAAUAACAGAUACCUUGUCGACUUCGUGCAUCAAGAGGGUAACAAGGUUUGGUUACCAAGAAUUCACAUAAUGUUUCUGGCCGAAGACCCAACUAAAUUUGCAAAACGGGUAGCUCAUGCUCACAAAUCAAGAAAAAUCGCAGAAUCACUAAUUAGAUACUACUUGUACAUAGAACAUAUGCCCAUCGAUGAAGUUUCCCCUUUAUCAGAGGAACAAAUGAUGAAUAUUAGAAGACUAGGUUGUUAUUCUCAAAAAUUGAGAGACAAAGUUUAUGACUCAUCAACAGACGAACUUCUGAAUGAAAUAAUAGGAGAAUACCAAAAAGUUACGAAUAGGAUGAUAUUCGAUAAAAACAUGAAAGAUCCUCUCCAAAAAGAUUUAUUUAAGAAUUUGGAGCUUCCAGAUGAGAUUCUUGAUCCAUUUCAAAAGAAGGCUCCCUUUCUAGGCACAAUUGAAAUACCACCAUAUCCAUUUGACGAAAACAAAAGACAAUUUUUCUUUAACUCCUACUUUACAGAAAAAAACAUUUUGGAUGCAUUGCUAAAUGUUAAGAAAGAGCUUUUGGACAAACAAAAUCUAAAGAUUUUUCACAUUCCUUUAAAAAAGACGGUAACAUUGGAUGAGUUUGAGCAAAUUCAAAUCCAAGCUAUCGAUACCAUCGUAUCAAAAUUAACUGGUGAAUGGUUGACAAAUUUAAAGCAGCAUAUUCAAGACAGUUUGAUACAUAUUGAAAAAGGUUGGCUCAGCGUAGCUGGAAAGACUGUUCAGAUUUAUGAGAUGAGCAAACUGAAGCGUUUUAUGAACGCAAUUAGAUUUAUGAUGCAAGAUUCUAUUAAGUUUUUAAUGCAAGACUCUUUUAAGGAAUAUGUGAGAUAUAUUGAAGAUUAUUGUUCAUUUGAUGUAGCUAUCAAAUCGAUUGAUCAAGUAGAAGUUACAUUCCACAACGAAUCGGAUUCGUCCAAGAGAGCACCUAAUUUAUUUUCUAUUGAACUUACUUUUAAAGACGACAAAUUCUUUUAUGUCACCCCUUUAGAGAAAUUCAAGCAAGUGGUUGUUGAAAUGUUUGACAAGGCUCUCAAAGAUUUCCAAAAGAUAUCAGAUGUUGAAUCUCAUGUUCUUUCUGAAGAGUUUUGUGCAAGGUUUAGCGAAAAACCUUCAACUUCUGAUCAAGAAAAAAGGAAACGACAAGGGUCAGGUUCAACAGCACGAAGAACUCAAAAGAUGUUUUUAUGGGGAGAGGUUAAAAUGCUAGACACACUUAAAUCUACCGAUUUAGAAGUUUCAAAAUGGAGAAAAACCUUAAACGCAUUUAUGGAAGUGUCGUUGUUACCUCUAAACACAUUUUUAAAACAAUUCGAAAAAUAUGAAGAGCUACUGAGGAUAGACGUUCAAAAAUACAUGGAAGAAUACGAAAAGAAAGAAAAUUUAACAAUUGAAGACAUAAAAGCAGAUAUUGUACGAAACUAUGAGAUGAAGGAUACCAUUAGAGAAAGUAUUCCUCAAAAGGUUAAUGUAGGAACCUUUUUAAUUGAUUGUCAAAGUAUCAGAAAUCAUUUAAGCAGAAAGUGCUCUGAGAUAGGAAAGAAAAUAUUGGACUUUUUAGCAAGAACCGCAAGUGAAAAAUGUAACUUUAUUCUCGAUAACUUUAACAAACUUUCCAGAGAAAUCAACAAGCCACCUGAAGAUAUCGAAUCUCUAACAAAAUUGAAAGGAAGAUUGAAGGAAAUACCAGAUGUCAUCCUUGAAUAUGAAGAAAAAAUUGUUGAAGUCAAGAAUUACUACAGUAUCUUGGAAAAUGAGUUCAAGUAUCCACUUUCUGAUGAGGAGUUCAAAAAUUUGUGGACAGCAGCUUCAUGGCCAAAGAAAAUUCAAGAACAGGUUGAAAAAGUGGAAUCAUUCCUCGAAAAGAAAAAAGAAAAUCUCAGAGAGAGGUUGAUCACAGAUCAAAAAUCCUUCAUCAAAGAAUUGGAAAGUAUUCAAAAAGUUGUUUCUGGCUUCUCAAAGCAUAGAGAUAUUCUUGCAGUUGCAGACGUUGCUAAAGAGGUCAGAUCUAUUCAAAAACAAUUACAAGAUUUCCAGGAUAGAGCUAGAAAGAACAAUCAAAAAGAAAUGCUUUUUGGAAUGGAUGUUACAGAGCAUACACAGCUAAAUGCUAUUGUAAAACAAUUCCAACCGUUUGCAGAUUUAUGGCUAACUGUAGAUAACUACUUUGCUUGGGAAGAAAGCUGGUCCAAAGAACCUUUUGAACACCUAGAUGCUCCAAAGAUAGAAGAAGAGGUUAAGGCAGCCGAAAAAGCAAUGUUAAAGUGUAUGAAACAGUUCAAAGACAUUCCAGAAAUUAGAAAAAUUUCCGAAACAAUCAAGAAGAAGGUUGAAGAAUUCACUCCCUAUCUUCCUUUAAUUUUGGCACUUAGAAACCCUGGAAUGAGACAGAGACAUUGGCAAGCAAUUUCAAAUGAAAUUGGUAUUGAAAUAAUUCCUGGUCAAACUUUGAAAUUUAUGGACGACGUCUUCACGAUGAAGUUAUUGGCUCAUGAAGAAAUUAUUAGAAAAUAUAGCGAUAUUGCAUCCAGAGAAUUCACGAUUGAGAAAGCUCUUAAGGAUAUGCAAGAGGCUUGGGAGACUUGCAACUUUGAGGUUCUUGCUUACAGAAAGACUGGUACCUAUGUCAUGAAAGUCAGUGAUGAAAUUCAACAACAGCUUUCUGAACAUAUUGCCCUUACUCAAACUAUUAGCUUUUCAUCGUUCAAAAAGCAUUUUGAGGCUGAUCUUAAAGCAUGGGAAAAUCAACUCAAUUUAGUUUCCGAAAUAUUUGAAGAAUGGACAAAUUGCCAAAGAGAAUGGAUGGCCCUUGAACCAAUUUUCUCUGCAGAAGAAAUGCAAAAUCAAUUACCUCAACUAUACAAGCAGUUCAAACAAGUCGACACAAAGUGGAGAAGAAUUAUGGAUGGGGUUUACCGAAAUCAAAAUAUUAUGUCAUUCUGUACAUCUACAGCUAAAUUACUGAAGACCUUCCAAUCCAAUAAUGCAAUUCUCUCAACAAUUCAAAAGGGUUUGAGCAAUUACUUGGAAAAGAAGAGACAACAAUUUGCAAGAUUAUACUUCCUUGCUGAUGAGGAGUUGCUUGAAAUUUUAGCGAAAACCAGAGAUCCAACGGCUGUACAGAAAUAUCUUAGUAAGAUAUUUGAAGGUAUCGGAGAACUUGAUUUUGUUGACAUUCCUGAAGAGAAAAAGACCAAUUCAAAGGGUCCUGCUUUAGAGAUGACUGCUAUGAUGUCCAAGGCUGGUGAACGAAUUGACUUUAUUGAAAAAUUACAGCCUUCAGGAAGUGUUGAAGUUUGGUUGAAAGAAGUCGAACGAAUAAUGAUGAAGAGUUUAAAGCUUUCGAUCUCCAAGUCACUUGUAGAUUAUACUCAAACUCCAAGAAAUGACUGGGUAUUAAAGUGGCCUGGACAAGUAGUUAUCCUUGGAAGCCAAGUUUACUGGACAAAAGAUAUUACCAAUGCCCUUCAAAAAGGAGGAAACAAAGGAUUACGAGGAUACUUGAACACUGUCAAGGAACAAUUAUUAGGAUUAAUUAGAAUUGUGAGGACAGAGAUUUCGAAAUUAGAAAAAACAAAUAUCGAAGCGCUUAUUACAAUUGAGGUGCAUGCAAGAGAUGUUGUUGAACAAAUGUUAAACGAAGGUAUUGAGAGUACUCAUGACUUUGAAUGGGUAUCUCAAAUGAGAUAUUAUUGGGAACCAGCUUCAUCAGAAGACGGUACUUCUCCCAACGAUUUUACUUGCUAUGUAAGACAGGUAGAGACUCAAUUUGAAUAUGGAUAUGAGUAUUUAGGUAAUACAUCUCGUCUAGUGAUUACUCCAUUGACAGACAGAAUUUACUUGACGCUCACAGGAGCACUUCAUCUUGGGUUGGGAGGUGCCCCAGCAGGACCUGCAGGAACAGGAAAAACUGAAACCGUUAAAGAUUUAGCAAAGGCACUUGCAAAGAAGUGUGUUGUGCUUAACUGUCAGGAAGGUAUGAGAGAAAAUUCCAUGGCCCAAAUUUUCAAGGGACUAGUCCAGUCAGGAUCGUGGGGAUGUUUCGAUGAGUUCAAUCGUAUUGAUGUUGAAGUGCUUUCUGUUGUUGCUCAACAGCUUUCAACACUUCAAGAAGCAGCUAGAGCCAAAGUAGCAACAACUACCUUUGAUAAUAUUCAAAUUAAUGUUGAUCCAUCCUAUGCGGUAUUUAUUACAAUGAAUCCAGGUUAUGCAGGACGUACUGAACUUCCAGACAAUUUGAAGGCUUUAUUUAGACCCGUAGCAUGUAUGGUUCCUGAUUAUGGAUUAAUUGCUGAAAUUCGUUUAAUUUCAUUUGGUUUUGAAAAUGCUAAACCAUUGGCCAAGAAAAUGGUUCAAUCAUUCAAACUGGCGAGCGAGCAGCUAUCAUCUCAAACUCACUACGAUUUUGGUAUGAGAGCUGUCAAUACAGUCAUUGCUGCAGCUGGUUUAUUGAAGAGAAAGAAUUUAAAGAUGAACGAAGAGUUGUUGGUUUUAAGAGCAUUGAGAGAUUCAAACAUUCCAAAAUUCCUUGUGAACGACGUGGUUUUAUUCAAUGGAAUUGUGUCUGAUCUUUUCCCUAAAGUUAAACUGGAAGAGACAGAUUAUUCAGACUUAAAUAAUGCUCUCAAGGAGGCUACCGAUCAUUUUGGUAUAUCUCUUACACCAGUAUUUAACGAAAAAUGCUUGCAACUUUAUGAAACCACAAUUUUACGUCAUGGUGUCAUGCUUGUCGGUGCUACUGGAGGUGGAAAAACUAAUUGCUACAAGACUUUAGCUUAUGCCCUUACUUCACUUAGUAAGGCUCACAAGGAGGAUUUCCAUCAAGUUCAUUACAGUGUCAUUAAUCCCAAGUCUGUAACAAUGGAACAGCUUUAUGGAGAAUAUGACAGGAAUACAAGAGAGUGGAGAAAUGGCGUUUUGGCAUCAGAGUUUAGAAAGUUUGGAGAAGAUACAAGUCUAGACUGUAAAUGGUUGAUUUUUGAUGGACCCGUGGAUGCUCUAUGGAUUGAGUCCAUGAAUACCGUAUUAGACGAAAACAAAAAACUUUGUCUUGCAAACGGUUCUAUGAUAGAAAUGAGCGUUCAUAUGAACAUUAUUUUUGAGGUUGAAGAUUUGGCAGAAGCAUCACCAGCCACAGUCAGUCGUUGUGGUAUGGUUUAUUUAGAUCCAAAGGCAACUGUUCCACCAAUGGUUCAUGUAGAUUGUUGGUUAGCAAAGAUCUCUAAUCAGCUAAAGCCAUACUUGGAACAAUUAAGACAACUUUUCGAAAAGUUCUUACCUGAUGGAAUUGAGUUCAUCAAGUCUCAUGUUAAUGAAUAUAUACCUACAGUAGAAAGCAAUUUGACACAUAGUACUUUCAAAAUACUUGAGACAAUGUUUGUCGAUUUUGAUCCAAGCCUUGGUAGAAAAAAGAAAAAGUCGUUUUCUUUUGAAGAAGAGCAACAAGGUAAUGAAGAAAAGAUGUCCAAAUUGAGCAAGAUCAUUGAACCUUUAUUCUUAUUCUCUAUAACAUGGGGUUUAGGAGCGUCAUGUGAUUUUGAAGGAAGAAAGGCAUUUGACGCAUUCGUGAGAGGCAAGAUUAAGGAGAAUAAUAUUGCAAGUGCUUAUCCUGAAGAUGGGUUAAUUUAUGACUACUUCUUUAACACUGAAGACUUGGUAUGGAAACACUGGAUUAGUGUUACACCAGAGCUUGAAAUCACUCCUUCCACUCAAUUCCGAGAUAUGAUUGUUCCAACAAUUGAUACAGUAAGAAGUAGUUGGCUUGUUAAAAAACUGCUUCACAACGAUCAUCAUGUACUUUGUGUUGGUCCUACAGGAACAGGAAAGUCUGAGGUUGUUUCUCAGGUCUUAAUGAGAGAAAUACCUGAAGAAUUCAUUCCGUUCAUCAUUUUCUUCUCUGCUAGAACUGAAGCCAAUGCAGUCCAAGAUAUUAUUGACGGAAAAUUGGAAAGAAGAAGACCAGGUGUUUAUGGACCUCCUCAAGGUAGAAGGUACAUUAUUUUCAUUGAUGAUAUCAAUAUGCCAGCCAAACAGCAAUAUGGAGCCCAACCUCCAAUUGAACUCAUCAGACAAUGGAUGGAUCACGGUGGUUGGUAUGAAUAUUCAAACGAAAGAUUACCUUUUAGACACGUUGAAAGCUUGACUUUUAUUGCAGCAUGUGGUCCUCCAGGCGGUGGUAGAAAUACUGUUACUAACAGAUUAAUGAGACACUUUACUUUUGUUUCAUUCCCAGAGCUGCAACAUGACAGUUUGUCCAAGAUAUUUUCUACCAUUUUAAACAAGUCUUUCAUUGAUGUGAAUUUGAACCUCAAAGACUUUUUCUUACCCGAAAUUUCAAGCAAUUUUGUUGAUACUAGUAUUCAUUUAUUUAAUCAAGUUAGAAAGGAAAUGUUACCCACUCCAUCAAGAUCUCAUUACACCUUUAACUUGAGAGACUUGUCAAAAGUUUUCCAAGGUAUACUUCAGGCAAAUCCAAAGAAGAUUGUAAACCUUGAAGAUGUUUUGAAAUUGUGGACUCAUGAAAGUUCUAGAGUUUUCAAAGAUCGUUUGGUUGACAAUCAAGAUAGAAAGAAGUUUGAAGAAAUCCAAGAGUCUUUACUCUCUAAGUAUUUCCCACAAGUUGACGGCCAAAGCCUUGUUAAAGACAGAAUAAUCUACUCGGAUAUUCUUAGCCAUGGAUCAGAUGUUAGAACAUAUGACUUUGUUCCUGAUCAUUCUGAGCUAUUCAAGGUAGUUAACGAACAGUUAGAAUACUACAACAGCAUGAACAGCGAUAAGAAGAUGGAUUUAGUUUUGUUUUUGGAUGCCAUUGAACAUAUUUGUAGAAUUGGUAGAAUUAUUAGACAACCUGGUGGAAAUGCUCUUUUACUCGGUGUUGGUGGAAGCGGUAGACAAAGUUUGACGAAACUUGCAUGUGCCAUAGCAGAAUAUGAUUUGAUGCAACUCGAAAUUAGAAAAUCUUUCACUCUUAAAGAUUGGAAAGAGUUCCUUAAAUCAUUACUAUUCAAUGCUGGAAAAAAGCAUGGAAAGGGUGAGAACACAGUCUUCUUGAUUGCUGAUACUCAGCUUAUUUACGAGUCAUUCCUAGAAGACAUUAACAACUUAUUGAACAGCGGUGAAGUUCCUAAUUUAUUUGAAACUCCAGAUUUGGAUGAAAUAUACACAACCAUGAAGCCAAUUUGUGCACUUGAAAAGCUUCCAGCCACUCCUCUUUCUUGGUAUAACAGAUUCAUCAAAAGUGUAAAAGAUAACUUGCAUAUUGUGUUGGCAAUGAGUCCUAUUGGUGAAACAUUUAGAAGCAGAUUGAGAAUGUUCCCAUCUUUGGUAAAUUGCUGUACAAUUGAUUGGUUUAGUGAAUGGCCAAAGGAUGCCUUGUUAAGUGUUGCAAAUGAAAAGCUUGCCAAUCUUAAACUAAUUUCUGUUUCAGAGCAUGACUCUCAAGAACAUCAAGAUGAGAUUAGAGACCAAGAAGAACAAUUGAAAGAGAAAGUCAAUCAAAUGUUUGUCUUCAUCCAUCAGUCUGUUGAAAAAGGUUCUGUUGAUUAUUUAAGACAUGCUGGACGAACAAAUUAUGUUACUCCUACCAGUUACUUGGAACUUCUCACUUCCUUUAAUAACAUUAUGGACGUCAACAGAAAGAAUCUAGAGAAGGAAAAACGAAAUUUACAAAUUGGUCUAAAGAUUUUGAAAGAAACCGAAGAGUAUGUUCAUAAACUUCAGGAAGAUUUGAAAGUAAAGAGACCCCAGCUCGAUAGAACAAGAAUCGAAAUUGAGAAAAACAUGGAAAUUUUGAAUGUUGAAAGAGAAGAAGCUCAAAAAACUCAGGAAAUUGUAAAGGUUGAGGAUGCAGAAGCAAAACAAAUUGAAAGUGAAGCUAAAGGCAUGAAACAAUCAGCAGAGGAAGAGUUGAGUCAGGUCGAACCUUUACUUGAAAAGGCUGUUGAAACAGUUAAGAACAUCAAAGUGAAUCAAAUUCGUGAAGUUGCUAACUACAAAGUCCCUCCAGCUGGCGCUCUCAAAGUUUUAGAGGCUGUGUUAAUCAUGUUUGGUGAAACACAAGGUGUGAAAAAGGUUAAAGAUGGUGUGACCUACUACGAUUGGUGGGAAAGCGCUAAAACUUAUCUAAACAACGCAACCAAGCUCAAAGAUGACAUGAUUGGAUAUGACAAGGAAAAUAUUCAAGAAGCUAUUAUCAGAAGAAUUACAAAAUACUAUAACGAUCCUGAAUUCCAAGUGGCCAGAGUGAAGGAAAUUUCGUUGGCACUUGUAGCGAUGUGUCAAUGGGUGAGAGCAAUGUAUGAUUUCUACUGGGUGAACAAGGAAGUCGAACCAAAGAGACAAAAGGCCAGAGAAGCUGAAGCGCAAUGGGCCAUAGCAAGACAAAAAGCAGAUGAAUCCAACAGAAAGCUUGCUGAAGUGAUAAAAAAGCUUCAAGAGCUUGAAGAUGCCAAUACUAGAGCCCUGAAAGAAAAGGAAGAGUUAGAAACAAUGAUUGAUAUUUGUGAGAAAAAGCUUGAACGUGCUUCAAAGCUUCUCGAUGGACUUUCUGAUGAAAAGGUUAGAUGGCAAGAAAUGCUCGAAAAUUAUGAAAGACAACAAAAAGAUAUGUUGGGCAACAUGAUUAUCAAUGCAGGUACCGUAGCAUAUUUGGGAGCUUUCACCAAACCAUUCAGAGAAAGACUUGUGAAAGAAUGGGUUCACGAGCUUGCCAAGCAACACAUUCCAUUUACAGAGAACACUGACGUUUAUAAUUCAUUGGGCGAUCCAAUCGCUAUUAGAAUUUGGAAUCAGUAUGGAUUACCAUCAGACAAGCUUUCCAUUGAAAAUGCUAUCAUUUUGAACAACUCUCGAAGAUGGCCUCUCAUGAUUGAUCCUCAGCUGCAAGCAGCUAAUUGGAUUAAAAACAUGGAGAAGGAAAAAGGUCUUAAGGUAUUAAGUAUGACAAAGAAGGAUUAUUUAAGCGAGCUAGUGAGAGCUGUACAAUUUGGUAACCCUGUUUUGAUUGAAAAUGUUGGUGAGGAUUUGGAUCCUGCAAUUGAACCAAUUUUAUUGAAACAAACAUUUGGUACUCCUGGCAACCUCUAUAUUAAGAUUGGUGAAGAAACAAUUCCUUACAGCAAUGAUUUUAGAUUAUACAUGUGUACCAAGAUCAGAAACCCCAAGUAUACUCCGGAAACAUGUGUCAAGGUUACUCUACUCAACUUCUUCAUUACUCCUCAAGGUUUAGAAGAUCAAUUGCUUGCCGAAGUUGUUAAAAUGGAACGACCAGAAUUGCAACGCCUCAAAACUGAUCUCAUGCAGAAAAAUUCAAAGAUGAGAAAAGAUUUGAAAGAACUACAACAAAACAUUCUCAAAAUGCUUUCCGAAAAUACUGGAGAUAUUCUCGAGAAUGAAAAGUUAAUCAAUGCGUUGGGCGAGUCAAAGAUUGCAAGUAAGUCCAUCCAAGAAAAAGUGGAGGAAGCAGAAACCACAGAACGAGAAAUCGACGUUACUCGUAACAAGUACAGACCUGUUGCUGAAAGAGGUUCAUUACUCUUCUUCUGUGCUUCGGACAUGACCAACGUUGAUCCAAUGUAUCAAUAUUCCUUGCAAUGGUUUAUUCAGCUUUACAAACAGGUGAUUGAAACAAGUGAGCAAAAUGAUGACUUGAACAUUCGUUUGCAGACUCUUAUCUACAAUCAUACAUUAUCUUUGUACAAUAACGUUUGUCAGUCAUUAUUCGAAAAGGAUAAGCUACUAUUCUCAUUCGUGCUUUGCAUUAGAAUUAUGCAAGGAAGAAAUGAAAUUGAUGAACAUGAAUGGAGACACUUCUUGACAGGAGGUAUUAAGACAGAUGAAGACGAAAAGGAUAUUGCAAGAAAACCAAGUGGAGCAACAUGGAUUACAGACAACUGUUGGAGUGACGUGGUUUUAUUGAACAAACUUCAUACCUUUAAGGGCUUUUUGGAUUCAUUUAUCCAAAAUGUUAAUGAGUUUAAGACAUUCUUUGAAGAUUCUAAACCAAACUUGUUACCAAUUCCAGCAGGAUGGAAUGAUAAGCUUACGGAAUUCCAAAGAAUCAUGGCACUCAAAGUUAUUAGACCAGAUAAGGUUAUUGAAAGCAUCCAGACAUUUGUCGAGAAAAAAUUAGAUAAGAACUUUGUCACUCCGCCUCGUUUCGAUUUGAGUAGAUCCUUCAAAGACUCUAACUGUGUAACACCUUUGGUCUUCAUCUUGUCUCAAGGUGCAGAUCCAAAGUCUGAGCUCAACAAAUUUGCAGAACACAUGCGAGUAAGACAGUUGUUGAGCGUUUCUUUAGGUUCUGGUACAGAGAAUGCUGCUAAACAAGCAGUUAAAGAUGCCAUUCAAAACGGAAGUUGGGUUAUUUUACAAAAUUGCCACUUGGCACUUGGAUUUAUGCCAAUGCUGGAACAAAUUGUUGAAGGAUUUUCAAUUGAACAAAAUCAUGCAGAUUUUAGAUUAUGGUUAACUAGCAUGCCAACACCAAAGUUCCCAAUAUCAGUUCUUCAAAACAGUGUUAAAAUGACAUUGGAGCCUCCAAAAGGUUUAGCAACAAAUUUGAAGGGAUCCUUCGACAACUAUAGCGACGAUUUUAUGCAACAUCCAACAAAACCAUUGGAAUUCAAGAAGCUUUUGUUCUCUCUCACUUUCUUCCAUGCUGUUAUUCAAGAGCGUAGAAAGUUUGGCCCAUUAGGUUGGAAUAUUUUCUACGAAUUUACAAGUGGUGAUUUAGAUGUGUGUAUCAAGCAACUUAGAAUAUUCCUCGAAAAGUAUGAAGAAAUUCCAUACAAGGUCAUCAAGUUUUUAACAGGUCAAAUUAACUAUGGUGGACGUGUAACCGAUGACUGGGACAGAAGAUAUUUAAUGACAAUGAUUGAAGAUUUUAUAACACCAAAGGUUCUCAAAGAUGGUUACAAAUUUACAGAUUCUCUCAAUGAAUAUCAAUCCAUUCCAGCUGGAGAAUCUGCCAGCUACAAACAAUACUUGGAUACUCUUCCAAACGUUUCUCACCCAGAGAUAUUUGGCUUGCAUGAAAACGCUGAAAUUACAUACAAUACUGCUGAAUUAACCAAUGUGACAGAAACAAUGCUUGCCAUUGAAGGUAGUGGAGGCAAGGUAUCUGAUGACAAGGACAUUGUUGUUAGUACUAUUGCCAAUGACAUUCUCAGUAAGCUUCCACAGCCAUUUGACUCUGAACACGUCAACAAAAAGUAUCCAACAGAUUACAAUGAAAGUAUGAAUACUGUGAUUACCCAAGAAGUAACAAGAUAUAACAAGCUUCUGAAAGAUGUUCGUGAGUCGUUACAAAAUAUUCUCAAAGCUCUCAAAGGACAAGUGGUCAUGUCAGCUCAAUUAGAAGGCAUUGCUAACUCAUUGUACAAUAAUUAUGUUCCCGAUUUAUGGUCCAAGGCAUAUCCAUCUAUUAUGCCUUUGAGCGAAUGGGUUCUUGACUUCCUCAAACGUUUAGAUUUCAUUAGAGACUGGAUUGAGAAUGGAAUUCCAAACGUUUUUUGGAUUAAUGGAUUUUUCUUCCCACAAGGUUUCCUUACAGGCCAAUUGCAAAACUAUGCAAGAAAGUAUCAAAUUGCCAUUGACCAAAUUUCCUUCUCUUUCAAGGUUUUAACUAAAUCUGAAGAAGAGCAAGCCAGACACAAGAAGCCAGAAGAUGGAUGUUAUAUUAAGGGUCUCUACAUGGAAGGAGCAAGAUGGGACAGAGAAAAUGAAUGUGUUGCAGAAUCAAAUCCAAAAGAAUUAUACUCCGAGAUGCCAAUCAUUUGGUUCAAACCAGUGGCCAACAAGCAAGUUCCAAAAGAAGGAUUUUACGAAUGUCCAGUCUAUAAGACUCUACGAAGAGCAGGUACACUCAGUACCACAGGUCACUCUACUAACUAUGUUCUUUCUAUCGAUUUACCAUCGAAGAAACCUGGAGAGCAUUGGAUCAAGAGAGGUGUCGCUUUGAUAUGUGCUUUGAAAUAUGUCACUAAUUAG